UAUACUUUUUAAAUAGUCCCAAAGUUGUAGGAUUUUUUUCCGCGCGUUUUCGCCCUGGAGCGGUACGCAAUGCUAUCUCACGCCGACCUCCUGGAUGCUCGGCUCGGUGAGUUAUCGUCACUAAACUCCGGCCCUAAACUCCAGUGGAUGAAGGAUGCUGCGGAGCUACUCGGACACAGAGAAGCUCUGAAAUGCCGACUUGGAAGUGGAGUGCCAGAUCAGGGGCAUCCAGGAGACAUGGCCCCUGGUUCAGACUCUGUAGAGGGAACCACUCUUCUGCCGGGGGAAGACAUCACCACUGUGGGAUCCAACUCUGCCGGCAUGCAGGUGAACGGAAAGGAGCAAGAGAAGCAGCCGCAGCAACAACAACCGCAACAGAACUCCGCUCAGACCUCGAGCCAGCAGAAACAGAAGCGGCAUCGGACGCGCUUCACGCCGGCACAGCUCAACGAGCUGGAGCGCAGCUUCGCAAAAACACACUACCCUGAUAUUUUCAUGAGGGAGGAGCUCGCGUUGAGGAUCGGCCUCACUGAGUCCAGAGUUCAGGUGUGGUUCCAGAAUAGGCGAGCUAAAUGGAAGAAAAGGAAGAAGACCACCAACGUUUUCCGCGCCCCUGGGACGUUGCUCCCCACACCGGGCCUGCCACAGUUCUCCGCCGCGGCCGCCAUGGAGAACAGUCUGUGCUCCUUCCACGCCAAUGAUUCGCGAUGGGCCACGGGGAUGCCGGGUGUCUCCCAGCUUCAGCUCCCACCGGCCCUGGGUCGUCAGCCAGGCAUGGCGCAGUCUCUGUCACAGUGCAGCCUGGGGCCAGGUCCGCCACCAAACUCCAUGGGUCUUUCCAACGGCCUUUCCUCCAACGGCUCUGGUCUACAGUCACACCUCUACCAGACGCCUUUUCCAGGAAUGUCUGCUUCUCUCUCCGGUCCCACGAACGUAUCGGGUUCCCCGCAACUGUGUAGCUCCCCGGACAGUGACAUGUGGAGAGGGACAAGCAUCGCGUCACUGAGGCGCAAAGCGCUGGAGCACACAGUGUCCAUGAGUUUCACUUAGUGACUUUUCACCUUAUACGACCCCCUUUUCCCCCAACUUCAUCUCCCAGCGCCGCCCCGCGGCACUAUUUUUUUCUGUUUUUGUUGAUUUAGAUCAAAACGACUGAACGAGGCCUGAAAUGCAAGAAAAGCAAACUGAAUGUGAUUUAAUAAUAAAGAAAUAAAAAGGACAACACCAAGGGACAAAUGGGAGAAAAAAAACUUUUGAGUUUGGGCUUAUUUAUCUUGUUAACUCAAAAGAAUUUUAUUAACUAUUGAUCUCUAGAAUAAAGGCCCUUAAUACUGAGAGCCAAAAAAUCGUCGUAUUUACGUUUUCAUUGAGUGUGUCUUUACGCACUCGCUAUUGUGUUAAGGUGAAGUUGUAUUAUGUCAAACGGUUGUUUAUAAGAUUGGGUAUACUAUUUGGUAACAGGCAUCCACAUAUGCACCACGCCUAUUGAACUGGGUCUCAGGCAUGCACUGUGCAUGUGGAUUAAAUCAUCAAAGGAGAAAACGGUGCCCACUCAGAUUGAGCUGGCCAUUGUGUACCUCAGUCUGCAUGAGACGGGAACAGAAAUCUAAAUGAAAAAAAAUCUAAUAAUAAUACAAAAAAAACUAAUAAAAGAUACAAUGAUCUCUCAGUAGGCCUACUCUGUUUUAGGAUGUUUUGUGUAGAUAAAACAUUCUUGCUGUACACGCUGGUCUUUUUUGUGACAUGUUUUAACUUAUUGUAUGUGCUAUUACUUGACACAUUUCUUAAAUGUUUGAAAUUACAUCGAAAUGCACCACAUUGACGGGUUUGUACCAAUUUCACAUGAACAA